CACGUUCGCGCUCCUAUUUUCUACUUGGUCUCUAUAUUUCGUGAUACCCCUCCAGCGUUCCGUCUCUAAGCAUGGCAAUCUCAACGACAUUCGUGCUGGGCCAGAAAGAGUCGUACUUCUUCAACAGCCCCACACACUGGGCAUGGCACAACCUCCCCGCAGACGUAGAAGCCCUCUUCACCAAAACGCCGCCCAUCCGCGAUGUAAUCGAGCUCGCUCUGGGCCCAAACCAGACCUACUUUGUGAGCUACCGCGACCACGACGGCGCCGUCGCGUGCAAGCACUACAACCUCCCUAAUCCACUGGUCGAGUACUUGUACGCGUCCCACCCAACUGUGAUUCGGGACUUGGCCACGCUCAGCAUCGCAAUCGGUCCGUAUGAGAGCUACUAUGCCUGGGAUCGGACGAGUGCGAGCUGGAGCAACGUUCCGCCCAGGCUCGAGAAAGCGCUUCUGGGCCGUCUGGAAAGCCAGGAUGAGUGGCGCACUCUGUGGCGAGCAGAUGGCUACGAAGCGCCGUGUUUCGUCAGCUUGGGUAGCGACGGCGCGUACUUUAUGCGCACCGUGUCUGGUGGUGGAUGCUGGGAUUUCAAACUGCCCAAGGUGGAUGCAAGAAGUGGGCUUGGCACGGCCGGUGGUGAUGGGUGGGAGGGGAUCCGCGGGACCAACAAGUUCCUCGAGGACUCUUCGAAUUUCACUGGCAUUGCUGCUGUGCAUCUCAUGCCCACCCAGGCCAAUGCCUACGUGCUCGUUCUGACAAACGGAACGACCUUUUCUAACCUCCCAGAACACACGUGGGCAGACUACGCCAAGAUGGCGGACAAGCUGCCGGCGUUUGUGCAGCACAUGACUCCAUUGCCGCCCAUGCCCGCACCACAGCCGCAGCCGCCGCACGCACAGCAGCCGCAAGCACAGCAGCCGCAGCAGUCCCAAAGCCUGCCGCCUGCGUACAAGCAGAGUCAACGCGGUGCGUCUGGAUGUUGCGCUUCUUCCGCCUUGAACGCACCACACACCUGCUGCGCACCGUCGCCGAUGCAAGCCCGACCAUGGCCACUGCCUCCGAUCGCACCCAGAUCCUGAGUCCUCGGUGCACGCGCUCAAUCGUUAGCAAUACAGUACCGUCAG